AAAGAGAUAAACGAUUUACACGCACAACACGACAAAGAAAUGGUAGAAGCACGACAAACUCUAACAGAGGAAUUUCAGGCUAAGCUGGAGGAGAUGGAGAGUAAAUACAGCAAGGAGAUGGAGACUCUGCAGAGCCAGAUAGAGACUGGAAUGCACCAGAAUCUCGCUACCGAGUACAAGAUCCAGGAAUAUCAGGAUAAAAUUCAUGAACUCGAGACCGAGCUAGAAAAAUUUUUGAAAGAGAGUGAAUCCAGCGACGAGAAAUCGUCCAAGCGUAUAGUGGACGAGUCUGGUGUCAUGGUGUCUGCCUCGAGUGAAUUCGACACGGAUGGAGAAACAAAGGAUUCUGGGAAGGGGACUAUAAAUAAGGGAGUGGAUCAAACAGAUUCUAGUGGAGGAUUUCAAGUUAGUGAAGUUUGUGAAGAAACUAGUGAAACUGGAGGAGAGGAUCUAAGAGAUUCAGGAGGAGAGGAUCUAAGAGAUUCAGGGGGGUUAGUUGUAGAUCAGUCGGUGAAGGAUUAUGAAAGUGAAAGUGGGAAGGAGGAAUUGACUCGGCGAGACUCCAGUGCUGAUUUAGACAACUCACUCCAGAACCUUAAAGGCUCGCAUGCUGCUGCUAUAGCUGAAAUAGAAGAGGAGUAUAACUCAAAGCUGGCCAGUCUGAAAGCAGGGUUAGAAAAGGACUAUCAGGAUAAACUCAGCCAAAUAAAGAAAGAGCUCUCUAGCACCAAAAGUUCACUGACUGGAGAGGUCGUGGAAGGUCAAGGUCAGGGACCAGAGAAGGAUGACCUUGACAUAGCACACACGGAGGAGCUACAUGACCUUGAAAUCCGUCUGAUGGAGAAACACAGUCAAGACUUGUUUAACCUUGAGAACCAGUACAAAGAGAGAAUUGAGGAAAUCCAACAACAUCACCAGGAAGAAGUAAAUAGUCUUAAGAAGAUGGUGGAGUAUUUACAACAGACAGCAGGUCCAGAGAAAUCCCAGGAGCUGAAGAGCCUGCCUUCCCCGGGACCCAAACGCAGUACUCCGGUCAGUGAAAUGGACGAGGACGACGACAGUUCCCACGGUAACGGGUCACGCCCCCAGGAGAAAUCCGUCGACCUGAUGCAGUUUGAGUCGAGUUACGAGGACAGCAGCAGUAGUGUACUGGAACCCCCGACAGAAAAACCGCCCGCCUUACCCCGAGACGCAGGGAGUGAGGUCAUAGAAUCGGUGCAAGCCACAAAAACGAAUGCCCCGCUAGAGAGAGAGGUCUCCAGUGAAACAGGAAGUGAACAGAGUACUCCGAGGGACCUACUCCAGACCAUGUCCGGUGACCUCUUGACCCGGGGACUACAGACCGUCAAUACUCUCGGAUCCUCCACAGAGUUCUCCACCGGUGAACAGCACACAGAGACGACUUCCUUAGCAACCGAACUCAGGGACAAGGAGGUCAAAAUUAAAGAGUUGGAGAAUGAAAUAGAGAGUUUACAAGCAAAGUUUGCAGAGAUUGUUGAGCGACGAGAACGGGAGAAUGAGGAAAGUCGUAACCUUGAGGUCAUGUUACGGACUGACCUUGAACGACUUCAUGUAGAUAGAGAGAGCGUCCAGUCAACCAAUGACCACCUCCUACAGCUGUUGUCAGAUGCCGUAAAGACCUACCUCAAUGUGGAGGAGGCUAUAAAUAGAAAACUGGCCAGCAUCGUCACCGGCGACCAGGGGUCACCCUCCAUACAGAGAAGGUCCCCGCCCUCACGGAAACCGAGGUCACCCCCCGGGAGCCACCCAAGGUCACCACCGGGCAGUCACCACCACACACCACCAGAACCCAGCUCACCCGGCGGGGCUGAAGGAGGAGAGGUCCCUCCCCACGAGACGAGUUUACUGUCCAACCUGACAGACGAGGGACUGGACCUGUCACAGCGGACCAUCACAGAGAGUAUCUUCCAGGGGCCUGACCUAGAUACUGAGGGGGAGGAACUACUGACAGAUGCCAGUAACCGGCUUCAGAGCUCUGUCUCGCGUCUCCUGGACAUGAUUGAGGACACCACGCACCAGCUGUAUGACACGAAGCGGACCCAACACGAACUGGUCACCACGGUAUCGUCAGGGCAACAGGAGUCGCUGUCCAUCUCCACGCGCUGCGACGAACUGGAAGAGAGGCUGAGGGAAGAAGUGGAGGCCAAGGAAUACCUAGCUAUGGAGCUUCACAAGGCAGAAGGUUUAAUAGAGGGCUACAGCACAGAACGAGAUCAGCGAGAACAACAAGUCAGAGACCUGGAGGAGAAGACGGAAGCCUUGGUGCUGGAAUUAGAGACGACUAAAAAUAGACUCCUGGACCUGGAAGCGUCGCAUCACGAGGCGACGUCGCUACGCAGCGAGAUGCAGCGACAGCGAGAACUACUCAACGAUAACGUCGGAGAUCAGGCUCAAGUUACCAUGGGAACCGUUGGAGCGCCAUCUAGUGACCAAGCUUUGAUGUUGGAACUGAACAAAUUGAACGACGAAAAGAGAAGCCUUCAACUGCAGCUCAGGACCACGACGGAAAAAUACGACAAACGCGUGGCUGACCUAGAGAAUGCGGGGGAGGAGACGGAGCGACAUUACGUACAGCUGCUAGAGGAGAAGAAAUCGGAGGUGGAGGAUCUACGAUUACAGCUCGACUCGGUGGAGAAGCAGCUCAAGUCAAACCGGCACUUCAUUGAGAGCAUGAAUUUAACAAGUGAAGAACAAGCCAACGAACGAGAACAAGAGAGAGAUGAAUUUCAGCGAGAGGUCGAUAAACUCAAAAAGGCGAUAUCUGACCAGGAACGAAAACAGGCGGCAGAAAACCGACUCCAAAGAGAGGUGGAGAAUUUGACAGAAGAGUUACAGGACCGUAUUGACAGUCACAGUGAGAUCGUGAUGCAGACUGAGCGUUUACAGCGGGACCUGUCAGAUAAACAGAUGACGACGGAGGAAUUAACGGCCGUCGUACGGCAGCUAGAACAGGAACUCGAGGAGCGCUCAAAAACAGAGCAGGAGUAUAAACAGAAAAUCAGUCAGUUACAGCGUCUAUUGGAGCGACGUCGAUCGGUCGGCGAGAUGUCAGACAAACAGGAAGAAGAGGAGGAAGAGGAAGGUCAAGGUCACAGCGAGUCCGAGUCGACAGGAAGUGAGACUCGAGCCAUGAGACGACGGAGAAAACUGCCCUCCCACAUCUCACUACAACAGGAAGAGGCUUUGUAUCAGGAGAAGGAACAGCUACAGACUCAGUUGGAGGAUCAACUCAAACAGAUCUCGGCUCUCCGCAAUCAGCUGGACGAGAUGAGACACAGGGGAGACUACUCCGGAAGCUUCGGGGACGAGAGUCAAACGACGUCACUACAGAGACAGGUGGACAACCAGAGAGAGGUCACAGAGGAGAAAGACAAAGAGGUCAGGGUCAAAGGUUAUUGGGUCAAGACUGAGAAGGAGGUCGAUACAUCAUCAAUGUCUUAUGAUUGUAAUGUAUUUAUUUCUGAUUUACAGCGAAGUCUAAAGAAGGAGGUCAAUACUACACCUAUGUUAGUUCUUGCUGAUUGUUAUGUAUUUGUUUUUGAUUUACAGAGAAGACUACGAAGUCUUGAGAAGGAGGUCGAUACGACCCCGAUGUCGGUUCUGACUCAGAACCUGAUUGAGGAGAAGAACCAGGAGAUUGAUCACCUUAACAACCAGAUAGAACAGCUCCGGUUCCAGAUCUCGGCUCUCAAGUCCGGCGAGGCACUGGCAGAAAUGCAAUCUGAGGUGGACAAACUCCGAGCUGACCUGGAGAAGAAGGAGAUGGAGCUGGUCCGAGCCUCCCAGGCCUCGACUUUCUCCGACAUCAGCGACAACGAUGGGGUGCCCGGGGUGUCAGAGUCCUUCACUGAAAAGACAAACCUUCAACAGGAAUUGGAAGAUUCUGUGGCCCAAAGGAUGGAAGAAUAUGAACAACUCAAGUCAGCUCUUCAGCUGAAGGAGGAAGAAAUAGUCACCCAUCAGCAGACCAUUAAGGAGAAGGAGGAGGAGAUAGCCGGCCUUAAUAUGACGCUGGACGAAAAGAUGACGGAACUAGAGAACAAGUCAAGGGAGCUCACUGAGGAAAAAUCCAAGCAGCCAGUUACCUCCCCUGCUAGAGAGGAAGCCUACCUUAAUGAAAUCCUGCAGGAAAAAGAGACACUUAUAGAACAAAUGAACAUGCAAAUAGAAGGUCUUAAUGGAGAAGUGGAAAGUCUGACUGAUUUCCAGAACAAGCUUCAGGAGGAUUUCGACACGGUACAACAGAUGCUGGAGGAAAAAGAGAGAGAGAUCGACACCCUGACUAAAGAACUAAGUGAGAGAGUGCCGGAGGAUCACAGCGAGGAACUGCUUAAACUAGAGAUGGAGAUUUCAAAGCUGAAGAAAGAUUUGAAAGAAAAAGACAACGUGAUAGAAGAGAGAGCUGAGGAAAUGUACCUACUGAACGAGAAACUCGAACAACAGGAAGCACAAACAGACCAGCAAAGUUUAUCUCAGAAACUUGCCGAAAAGGAAUCCGAAAUUUUAUCUCUCCAAAAUAAACUCACGGAGAGUGCCAAACUGAGGGAAGCCUUAGAGGAGAGGAAUCGAGAGGCAGAGGAAAUCCGGGCUGAGCUGAGUCAGGUGAAAGAGAGGCUAGCAGCCGGCGGAGAUACCCAGACCAAACCGGAGCAAACCGGUGCCGUGAACUCUGACCUUUUGUUGAAGGAAAAAGAGGCGGAGUUAGAAAGGGUCAAGGCGGAGUUUGCUAGCUUCAGAGAAAGUUUGCAGUCUGCUGCACGAGACAUUGAGCUUCAGGAAAAUUGUAACGAGAUACAGCGUCUCAAACAAGAACUGACGGCCAUGCGCGGACUCGUAAAACACGACGCGAAAGACGAGCAGGUCAUACAAAGAAUGAUAGAGAUGGAGCGUCUCAAAGAACAACUCGCAGGAAUACGAGAUCUGGUGAGGGAAGGAAAUAUCUCGGAAGUUAAGCUGACUAAGGAAGAGGUCGAUACGUUGAGAAAUAGACUGAAAAGUUUCGACUCUCAAGAGGAGUUGAGUGCGUUUGCGGAGGAUUUGAUGAAAUUAAAACAGAGAAUAUUUGAGAAAGAUUAUGAAGAAGAAAUGAGAAAGAAAAAUGAAGAGAUAGAGCAACGAGAUACUGAGAUUCAGAAAUUAAAAGAGGAGCUUGAAGAUUUGGAUGAAAAAGAGGAAGAGAUUCAGAGAUUGAGGAGAGAUUUGAAAAGUCUCGCAGAAAAAGAGAACGAGAUACAGUGGUUGAGAGACGAGUUAGACAGUGUGGAUGAUCGCGAGAAUGAGACGAAGGAGCUAAAGCAGCAAAUCGAAGAAAAGGACGACGAAAUUCUGGGACUGAAACGAGAUAUAAAAAGUCUUGCCGAUAAAGAGAACCAGAUUCAGUGGCUGAAAGAGGAACUGCAGACUUGUGAUGAGAAAGGGAGUGAGAUAGAGAAGUUAAGGACUGAGAUAGAGGAGAAAAAUCUCAAGAUAUGUAACCUGAACAAGGAAAUCGUAACUUUGAAGGAAAAAGACAGGGAAAUUUUAAAAUUGGAAGAAGAUUUGAAAAUCUUGGAAGAGAGGGAAAAUAAAAUCCAGAAACUGCAGAGAAAUAUAAAAUAUCUUGCAGAAAAGGAACUCGAGAAAGACGCAGAGAUUGUGAAACUUUUGGAGGAGGUGAAUGAGAAGGAUAGACAGAUACAGGAACUGCGAGACGAUCUUGAAAACUUAGCGGAAAAAGAAGAGGAGAUCGAGACAUUGCGCACUGAGAUACAGAGAAUGGUGGAAAACCAGGAAUGUUUGGAAGAAGAGAGAAUGUCCAACAUGGCCAGUCCAAGGUCAAGGCAAAGGACGCCAGAGGUAAACAUACCGAGAUGGUCAAAGGAGGGCGACCUCUCAGAAGUUUAUUUAACGGAAUCCACGACCAGCCCACAGCUGGCAAGUAUCGAAAUGAGGCAAGAGAAAAACAAACAGCGGCUAAUGGUUCAGUUCAGCUCAGGGGCAGGGACCCAGUUUAGUUCUGAGGGACCAGUACAAUUUACUUCUACAGAAGGGUCGGGACAGUUUAGUUCUGGAAGCAUCGAUCAGGAUUCUCUGAACCAGGAAGUGGAGAAUCUGAAGGUCAAGGUCACAUCACAGGAAGAGGAACUGGACAACCUUAACGAGGAGCUGACGUACAAAAAGGAGGAGAUACGUAGCCUGAGUUCUGACGUGGAGGUGAAGGCGGGUGUGAUAACGGAGCUAGAAAACCAGAUAGAGGCUUACCAACACAAACAAGAUGAACAGUUCCAGAAGUUACGAGCCUUUGAGGUCCAGUUGGAGGAAGUCAAGAAACAGGGGGCGGAGACUGAGGGGGCAUGGUCACAACUGACACAGACCCAGGAACAGCUGGAACAGACGAUGCAGGAACUGACCACCGCCAACAUCAAACUGACCGAGGCCGAGCAGAACCUCAGGGUCGUCAGCUCACAGCUACUGGACAAAGAGAAUGAACUACAGGCUUUACAAGCAGAUUACUGGGAAAAAAUGGGGAAAAUUACAGAAGAACUACAGCAGGCCAACACAAGGCUUAAACAACAGGAGGAAGAAAUCCAAAGACUGCAAAGCCCGAGGCCAAAGUCCGAGGCCAAACAGGAGCUGGAUGUGUUACUGAGUGAGAAAGAUCACGAACUUCAGGAUGUGAAGCAGAGGCUCAGGGAAGCCGUGGAACUGAGUGAACAACAGCUACGUAUUGUAGAACAGAAGGACGAGGAAUUCAUGAAACUGAAACUCGAGAUCCAACAGAUGAUCUCGGAGAAAGACAGGACAAUUCGAGAUCUGAAGAAGCAACUGACAGCUCAGAGCUCGAGUAGCGAGCUUGAGAUAUCUCAGCUUCAGCAGGAAGUGGAGAGUAAGAGGGAGACUCUGGACGGGCUGGAGAAGGAGCUGCGACAGUUAAAGGGAAUCCAGGAUCUGUCGCUAGAAGCCGGCGGUGACGCCUUAUCGCUGGUCACGUUACUGAAAAAUCAACUCAAGGAGAGAGAUGACGCAAUUAAAGAAAUCCAUGGAAAUCUACAAAAAUCUCAGCAGGAAUUAAACUCAAAGUCAGAGGAGCUCGAGACAAAAUCUCGUGAGCUCAGAGACCUUCAUGCCAAGCUGAUCAAAGCAACACCAACUUCUCAAGAGAGUUUGUCUGAGGAGGCAGCAAGACAGUUCCAUCAGCUGGAGCAGGAAUUACGGACGGCAAAAGAAGCCCUCGCAGAAAUGCAGCGUCAGGCGGGCGGAGUCAGUAGAGAGAGCAGUGCAGAGAGGCAGGUAUUCAGAGAGGGUAGUCCAGAGUCUGAGGCUGAUUUAGAAUUAAUGGAUGUAGAUGAACUCCGUUGUCUUGUGCUGGACUUGAGACGUGACCUUGACCUCAGCAGGUCAGAGGUUGAGUUAUUCAGGAAGUCUGCUUCCAUGUCUGCCAAAGACUUUGUACAGAAAGUGAUGGAGCUUCGUGAAGAACUCGGCUCACAACAUCAGAGACACAUACAGGAUCUCACCGAGAGAAACAGACUCGAGUCCGACACCAAUCUCGCUCAACUCAGAAUCAAAUUCGAGGACGAGAUCGAGCACAUAAAGAAACUCCAUCAAAAGGAACUGACUCAGAAGAUUGGUGAGACGAUGCGAGAUCUUGAGAAACAGCACAAGACCGAGAUAAACUCUAUGCUCGCUCGACACAAGCACGAGAUUGAGAUGCUGAGAAUCAGAGAACCUGUCUUAGAAUCCCAUGAUGCUUCAGUUUUGAAUCUGGCCAAUCAGCUGGGUUCUGAGGUUGCCAUGACAGAGCGAUUGGACAGUCAGUUAAUUAGGUCACUGGCACAGCGGCCUGAUGGGAAGGAUACCACUGAGAUGAGUGACGCGACGGAAAGUGAAAUCUCCGUGGACGAAAAUGUGCCGUCAAGACUGCAGGUCCUGAUGAACAGACUCCACAAGGAAGGGGUCCAGAUGUUAUCUAUGUCUGAGUUACAGUUCCUGAAUCGUCACAUGCCGCCGAGUCAGGUAGAUCGGGAGGUGGAUCUAAGGUCUUUACAGGCGGCAUGGGAGAAUGAGAAACAAAGCCUGCUAUCAGCUGUCCAGUCUCUCAAAGAUUUACUGGCUCAGACCCACAAAGUCAGGGGGAUUGAUAAGGCUGCGGAUGUCUCAGAUUGGAGAGGUGAACUGUUACGCUCCAUUGGUUACGUUUUUGCUAAAGAGCGGGAGACAUUACUGGCUGAGCUGAGGUCACAUGUCCUCUCACAUCCAAACAUCGACCUGACCGAGAUUCAGAAACUAGAGCAGAAGAUCAGGAACCAGGAGGCCCAUCAGAAGUCGUCUCUGGAGCAGAUAUUCAGCGCUGAUCGCCAGUCACUCCUGGCGGAGAUUCGAGAUCUCCGAGCCCACGCUAACAUCAGCGUAAUGAGACAUCAGGAGGAGAAAGAACGACUGACGGAACAGCUCAACAACGUGGAGGAUCAAACCUCAAAACGGGAGCGGCAACUCAAAAGACAAGUGCAGUUAUUGGAGUAUAAACUCCAGCAGGAGAAGAUAAUCCAGGACGACCUGAGGACGAGUUUAGAGGUUGAGCGUGACCGCUCCAGUGACCUCUCGACCCAGCUGAGUCGCGAGAAGAACGGUAACCUUGACCUUCAGACUGACCUGUCCAAUCAACAGAUCCAGAUCUCCAAAUUAAAGGAUGCACUGGAACGAGAGCAGAGCCGAUUUAUAUCUGUCACGGGUGCUCUGGAAGAAGAGAAAUCGAAGAGCCAGCAUCUCAGUGAACUACUGGAGCGUGAACGAGCCUCGCUGAGACAGAUGAGGUCAAAGGUCGAGGAGGUCAAACUAGAGUCGGACAGCAAGGAGAGACAGGAGCAUUUACUUGAGAGACUUCAGAGUGAGUUAAACUCGGAGCGAGAUCGUAGACUUCAGGCGGAGAAUGGGGCGGAGCUGGAGAAAGUGGCCCUGGCCAAUCUACAGCAGGAACUCGAUCUCGAGAGAAAGAACCUCAGGUCGACCGAGUCCGAGUACAAGGCCCGAGUCAAACAGCUCACGACGGCCGUGGAGCUAGAGAGGGCCAAGUCUAAUGAUCUGCAAGGGGCCUUGGAAAGGGAGCGAGCUGUCAAUGACAAACUUAGAGAAAAUCUCGACAGUGAGCGCCGCUCGCUGCUAGAAAGUACCGACAGGGAAAACUCAAUCUUCGAGGACAUGCAGCUGGAACUGGACUCGGAACGUGCCAAAGUGAAUGAUCUCAAAAACUUGGUGGAAAGAGAGAAACAGAGACUGCAAUCUCAGGUUACGAUGUUAGAAUCUCAGUCGAGUGCACUCAAAGAGGAGCUAGAGCAGGAAAGGCUGGCAUGUCGGCAGAUGAAGAAUGAGAUUGACCAGAUACAACUUCAGAAGUUGGACAUUACACGUCAUUAUGAACAUGAACGGGACCAAGUGUCGCGUCUGAAGUCUGAACGUGAACAUCUGAGGUCAGAGGUCAAAUCACUGAAAGACUUGAUAAACGAGAAGGAGAGGACUCGGGACUCAGAGAAAGUGACCGAGCGCCGCUCACAAAGACAGCUGGAGAGGGAGAGAGACGACCAGAAAAUGAAAAUGCAUGAGAACGAGUUAGAAAUCCAGAGACUGACUCAGAGAGUGUUGGACAUGGAGGACCAAAUCACGGCAAGUCGGGAGCGAGAGAUGGAGGCCGUGCGCGAACUGCAGCAGGAAAAGCUACGCACGUCUCAACAUCACGCAGACUCCGAGGGCAGCGAGGAAGAUCAGGAUCACUGGAGCGUUUAUAAGACUCAGCUGGAGAGUAUUUGUCAGAGUCUACAGUAUCUGAUAUUACAAUAUCAGGACCAGCUUUCCUCAGGCAUUCAAGGUGCAGUGAAUGUUCAUGGAUUAGAAAGAUCACUGAAGGACUUACUGGGUGAGCUCAAACAAACUCAGAUGCCACUCGCUUUUGAAUCUGACAACACAGACAAUCUCAUGAGUCGCCCAAGUGCUCAGGCUGUGAAUGAGCGAGUGCUACAUCACAAUUCUGAAUUAACAAACUUUGUGACAAGACUUACAGAAGAAAAAAUGGAGCUACGCAACACUCUGGGAAGACUUGAGGAGGAAAUUUGGAGAUACAGGCAGAGGGGUUCCGAACAUCAGAACGGCCACGACGUCAGUGAGAGCCACCAUGAUCAGGAAAAUCGUCACUUGGAGGCACGCGCUGGGUGGGCCAAGGAGCGUCUGUCUCUACAGCUGUCACUGAAUCAGAUGGAGCGGGAACUAGAUAAAUGUCGGGCGGAUCUGAUAUUAAUCAUGACUGGACAAAGCACCGAGGGAGAUAGAGACAGGAUACAGCGACUCUAUGGGAAGUACUUGAGAGCUGACAGCUAUCGUAAAGCCCUGGUCUACCAGAAGAAGUAUCUCCUGUUGUUACUGGGCGGUUUCCAGGAUUGUGAGCAGACGACACUAGCCCUGAUCGCCAGGAUGGGGGCCUACCCCUCCCCUGAAGAUUUACAGAGGGGGGCCAGGCACCGCAGACCAUUCACCAUGUUCAGAAGUGCUGCCAGGGUCGUUGUGGCUGUGUCAAGGAUGCGUUUCCUGGUGAGGAAGUGGAAGAGAGCGACUCGAGUUGGGUCUCCCGUGAUGGGGGGAACAGUGGACCUACAGCAAGGUUACACACCAGAUACACACAGUUUUUCACCGCCCCGCAUCAACACACAGUCACGCCUGAACGCCUCAGGACAACUCAGCAGUCACUCAUCAUCCCCCCUCGUCAACACUCAGUCACGCCUCAACGGCUUCGGACCUCUAAACAGUCACCCAUCAACCCCCCUCAAUCCCAGCAUUCCCUUGUCUCCCUACAGCCCCUCUUAUCUGUCUUCCAGCCAUUCUCAGCGAGACACCAUUCAUGGACCUACUCAUCAACCACUAGAGGGCGCUUCUGGUGGUUACCAUGUGAACGGGAGUGGGAUAGCCAAUGGGAUUUCACCUUAUCAGUCAGUGGGUGGGCCCUCUGAAGGUUACCGUGCCAAUGGGAACUUUUCUGUUCAUAUGACCCCUCCCACCAGAGACUACAGCAGCAAACCUCAUCCCUCCUCCUCGGAAACCUCAGGUGCUAGAAGAAAAAUUUUAUCAUCCACCAUGUCCACCCCUUCUAAAAACACCACUGCCUCGCCGGUACGUCGAGUGAGAAUAUCAGAACCUGAAUCUGUUCACGACGACUACAUCAACCGACUAGAGAGUUUACAACAGAGACUCAGUAAUAUGGAUUCAGGUACACCAAAGUCAAGGUCGUAUCCAAGGCGAUAGUAACGGUUUUAUACCAGAAUUUCUCCAGCAUAUCUGUGAUGUGAUGUUGAUGCCAAAUAGCAGCAUUUCAAAAAAAAAUCCUGGAAGUGAUGUCAAACAGCAAAAACAUGUAUCAAUCAAACUGUUUUAGUGUCAAUGUUGUGAAGCUGUGAGAUAUAAGAUUUGUGUGUUGAGAUGUCUCAUGAUAUAAAAACCAAGCAUAUAUUGUAACUGUUGAAUGUUUUAUAAUUGUUCAAAUGGGACCAUUUAGAAAAUAAAUUCAUGAAUAUUUUUCUUGUAUGUUAAAACUGUGAAAGACAUCCCUUAAAAGAUAAUUACAUGUAUAUUUGAAAGUUCAUUUCAUGUUGGUCUUAUUUUUAUUUAUUUACUUUUUUUAUUAUUUUUCCAUUUUUAGAAUGUUAAGUAUAUCUCUCUUCGUAACAUCAUUAAGUUUAUGUAAAAAAAGAAAAGAAAAUAUAGCAAUAUUUUAUGAUAUUACUCAAAGUAAGUGGUAAAGUGCUGAAAUACAAGUGAAAAUUAUGUUUGUAAUUUGUAAUUCAUUCAUGUGGUAUUAAUUAUUGUUGUUAGGUAGAAUACACUGUAUAAACUAGUCCAAAUCAGCUGUGAUUUUAUAUUCUGGUGAGGUAGAUUUUUUAAAAUACUGUUUACUUGAUAAUCAUUGGAAUAAAUUUACAGCAUUCUAACAACAUGAAUUUAUAUACAAGAGUCUGUACUGCCUAUCAAUUAGUUUUAAAUUUAAAAGAGGAAUAUUCUAAUUCAUAUCCAGUAAAUAUAUUUUAUUUGUCUAUUGUUGUUUAUUUAGCAAAUCACAAUUUUAUAUUGGAUGUUAUAUAGAUUUAAGGUAUUUUUAAUAAAUUUUUGCUUCAUUAGUACAUAAUGCAAAAUACGAUAGUGGAUUUUUACACAAUUUCACUAUGUGUACAUGUAUUUUAGUAAAUAAACACCAAUCAUCUAUAAGACUAACAGCUUCUUUUAUUUUUCAAAAUUAUAUUACAAUUGUUUAUUUUAAUAAAAUAUCAUGGGUUAAAAUUUUUUCACAGGUGAACAAAAUAAAGUGAUAAAAUUUCCCCAUAUUCCAUCACUGGAAAAGCUAAAAAUGAAUAUUAAAUUAUACUACUUUCCUAAGGCUUUUGGGAAUCAGUCUUAAUUUAGAAUUAAAGAGAAUAUAUGAACUUGAUGUUGGGCUUAUUACAUGUAUCUGAUAUUUUAAAUUAUUUUAGCUUAUUAAGCUGUCUCAUAGUAAUUAUACUGGUAACAGAACUAAUAUGAACUUAAUUACUUUCAGUAUAACUGGGUCCAUAUUUCAUUGACCAUUCUUUUUGAACAUUAUAUAGAAAACAUGAUAAUUUUGCAAUAAACACAUGCCUUAUUUAUUGUAAACCCUGUCUGCAAUUGAUGUCAUUUUAAUUCAGUUGUGAAUUUUUGUAUGGACGUCUUUGGUGUAUAAUCUAGUGUAUAUAAUUGUAUGUUUGAAUGCAGAAUUGACAAUUAAAAUAUCAAAAUA